AGAAGAUGGCGGAAGGCGGAGCGGCGGAUCUGGACAUCCAGCGGUCUGACAUCGCGUCGCUGCUCAAAACCUCGCUGCGGAAAGGGGACACCUGGUACCUAGUUGAUAGUCGCUGGUUCAAACAGUGGAAAAAAUAUGUUGGCUUUGACAGUUGGGACAAAUAUCAGAUGGGAGAUCAAAAUGUAUAUCCUGGACCCAUUGAUAACUCUGGACUUCUCAAAGAUGGUGAUGCCCAAUCACUUAAGGAACAUCUUAUUGAUGAAUUGGAUUACAUACUAUUGCCAACUGAGGGCUGGAAUAAACUUGUCAGCUGGUAUACAUUGAUGGAAGGUCAGGAACCAAUAGCACGAAAGGUGGUUGAACAGGGUAUGUUUGUAAAGCACUGCAAAGUAGAAGUAUAUCUCACAGAAUUGAAGCUCUGUGAAAAUGGAAACAUGAACAAUGUUGUAACUCGAAGAUUUAGCAAAGCCGACACGAUAGAUACAAUUGAAAAGGUAAUAAGAAAAAUCUUCAAUAUUCCAGAUGAAAAGGAGACCAGAUUAUGGAACAAAUACAUGAGUAAUACAUUUGAACCACUGAAUAAACCAGACAGCACCAUUCAGGAUGCUGAAUACCAAGGACAGGUGUUAGUGAUAGAACAGAAAAAUGAAGAUGGAACAUGGCCAAGGGGUCCUUCUACUCCUAAUGUGAAAAACUCAAAUUAUUGUCUCCCAUCAUAUACUGCUUAUAAGAACUAUGAUUAUUCAGAACCUGGAAGAAACAAUGAACAGCCAGGCCUCUGUGGCUUAAGUAACUUGGGAAAUACGUGUUUCAUGAAUUCAGCUAUUCAGGGGGCAUGUGAUUGA